GAAUGCCAUGUCAUCGAUCCGCGUGAAUUCGUGUAUCAACGGUUCAGAUCAUUGUUGCAGAGUAACUGGAGAAACGAAGGGAAGAGGCUGGUAACUUGGCUGUGUUCUCUAUUCUCCAGUGCUCGAUUUCCGAUCGAUUUUACCCUAAUCUUCGAACAUAUAAUUUUGAUUAUUUUUUAAGAAAUUAGUGUAAUAGUUUGGAUUUGAAGAUGAAGGUUACGGAGGAAUCGAAGGAGAAAGUUGAGGAAAAUGAGGUAAUCGUUUUGAGUGAGGAUGACGAAGAUGUAUCCGAGGAAGUAGUAGACGACGGAGACGAUGACGAAGAUGAUGACGGUGAUGAAGAUGAUGAUGAGGAUGACGACGGUGACGAUGACGAUGAAGAUGAGGACGAGGAUGAAGAUGAUGCUCCUGGAGGCGGUAACGAUGAUGAUGAAGAGGAAGAAGAGGAAGAAGAAGUAGGUGAUGGUGAGCCUGGCGGUGAGCCCGACGACGACGACGACGACGACGACGAGAACGAUGAUGACGAGGAGGAGCACGAGGGAGAGGAUGAUUUGGGGACAGAGUACCUUGUCCGCCCUUUAGGCAAUCCUGAAGAGGAAGAAGCAUCUAGUGAUUUUGAACCAGAAGAGAAUGGCGAGGAGGAAGAUGAAGGAGUAGGUGAUGAGGAUGAUGAUGAGAAGGCUGAGGUUCCACCAAAAAGAAAGAGGUCAGAUAAAGAUGAUUCAGAUGAUGACGACGGUGGAGAAGAUGAUGAAAGGCCCUCUAAGAAAUAGAGUUGGGUCCAUUGGUUUGCUUGAGGACUUAACAAGUCAACCAUAGGUCAAUUAUAUUACUCUCUGUUCUUUGAACACUUUUCAAAGAAAGGAUGAGUAUGUCCAUGAAUUGUUUUGUGCUCUCUUGUAUUAUUAUGCUGCAGCAUUGUUAGGAUUUCUAGUUUUUUCUGGCUGGUGCAUAGUCGAUAGUGGGUUGAAACAUCUACUAGGACAACUUUCACAGACUUAUUUUUAUCUUAGUAUUUUGUAGGUCAGUGACUUUGUAGAACUUAUGCAUAAUAUUUCUGACGCCUUGAAAUUGUUGGUAGAAUUCUUCUGGUUUAACAUAAUGGUUUUUAUCACAA